GACUUUUAUUUCUAAAAUUUUAAUCUAUGCUUUAACAAAAAUGCUUCCCCUUCUAUUGUUGAUGCUUUUGUCACAUUCGCGGUGGAUAGCCACUGCGAAUGUAACUAGUGAUUGUAAUUCAAUUGCGAAGAAUAUUUUCAUUUUAUCUGGACAAAGCAACAUGUCAGGGCGUGGUGGAGUCUUUAAUCAGACAAGCUCAUCAGGUACGGUUAGUUUAACUUGGGAUGGUAUUGUUCCACCUGAAUGUCAGCCCAAUCCAUCAGUCCUCCGACUAAACGGAGGACUUACAUGGGUUGAGGCUCACGAGCCGUUGCACAAAGAUAUAGAUGUGAAUAAGACUUGUGGGGUUGGACCGGGUAUGUCAUUUGCUAAUAAACUCAAAAUGGAUGACCCGGAUAUCGGAGUGAUUGGAUUGGUCCCUUGCGCGAUAGGAGGGACAAAUAUUACUCAAUGGGUGCGUGGUGGAUGGCUUUAUAACGAAAUGAUUAGGAGGACUAAGGUCGCGUUACAAGGUGGAGGGAUGAUAAGAGGGAUGUUGUGGUACCAAGGGGAGAGUGAUGCAAUUGAUCUUGACGAUGCUAAAUUGUAUAAAGGUAGAUUGAAGAAAUUCUUUAAAGAUGUACGUAGAGAUUUGGAGCUACCUACACUCCCUAUUGUUCAGGUGGCAUUAGCAACAGCACCAGGGCCAUAUAUGGAAGUGAUUAGAAAAGCUCAAUUGGGAAUAAAUCUUCCAAAUGUGAGAUGUGUAGAUGCUAAAGGGCUUCCAAUUGGGCCAGAUAUGUUGCAUCUUACAACUCCAGCACAAGUCCAGCUUGGGGAGAUGUUGGCUAAUGCCUUCCUUCAAAUUCAAAAGGUGUUUCUCCCCUCUUCAAACUAGUUAUUGUGUAAUGUUAGAAGUGUAUUUAAAGGUAAAAAGAAUAAUUUAAAAAAUAGAUGUUUGCUGGUGUUAUUAUUUCUAUGUCAUUCAUACUACAAAUUUUGUUUC